GUUUUUUGUUUUUGUACCCAUCAAAACGGUGAAGAUUGCUACUUUAUUAUUUUUUUACUGCUUGUACCUCUGUGGAUAUGUGUUGUUCAAAUUGUUCUGCUGGACUGACUCUAUCAUCAGGUUCACAUCAGUAAGAAUUCACAAAUACUGUUAACUGUAGGAGCCUGAAACAUUAGAGGUUCAGAAUGGCUCUUAACGUGCCAGGUCUAGUGGUUAUGGCAGUGUUCUACCUGGUCAUCUUGGGAACAGGGAUCUGGGCUUCAAUGCGUUCCAAGAAGGAAGAGAAAAAUUGCACAGGGGGUGGCAUGGAGAUAACACUGCUGGCCGGACGCAAGAUCAACCUGCUCGUUGGCGUCUUCACUCUAACAGCUACAUGGGUGGGUGGAGGCUUCAUCCUGGGAAUAGCUGAGGCAACAUACAACCCAACACUAGGCGCCGUUUGGGCUCUAAUGCCCGUGCCAUAUGUCCUGACCUUCUUUGUAGGUGCUUGUUUUUUUGUCAGGCCCAUGAGGGAAAACAAGUAUGUCACCAUGAUGGACCCCUUACAGAAGAGGUAUGGGAACGUCCUGAGCAGUGCACUGAUACUUCCCGCGCUGGUGGCUGAUGUCCUGUGGGUGGCACGUACACUCGUCAGCCUGGGUGGAACAAUGAGUGUGAUCCUGGACUUGUCCUACGCCUACUCCAUCAUCACCUCCUCAGUGGUGGCAAUAAUCUACACACUGCUGGGGGGGCUGUACUCUGUGGCCUACACUGACGUUAUCCAGCUCAUCCUUCUCUUUGCCAGCCUUUGGGUGUGUGUUCCUUUCCUGCUGACCAACCCUCACUCUAUGGACAUUUCCCUGACCGCCUACAACCACACAUUCCAGGCUCCCUGGGUUGGCAAAGUUGAGCUCAACGAAGCCGGCAAGUUUUUUGAUGACUUCAUGUUGUUGGCUUUUGGCGGUCUGGCCUACCAGGCCUUCUACCAAAGAAUUCUGUCGGCCUCAUCAUACACGCAGGCUCAGGUGACCUGCUUUGCCUCUGCGGCUUUCUGCCUCGUGCUCGGUAUCCCCUCUGUGCUUUUUGGAGCUGUGGCUGCAUCUACAGACUGGAACACCACUGCCUAUGGGUUGCCCACUCCAUACGAACGUGGGGAGGCGGGCUCCAUCCUUCCCAUUGUCCUGCAGUUCCUCACGCCCACCUACGUGUCCAUCAUUGGUAUCGGUGCCGUAGCCGCUGCUGUCAUGUCUUCCAUGGACUCUGCCCUGCUCUCCUCUGCUUCCUUGUUCUCCUCAAACAUCUACAAGAACAUAAUCAGGAAGCAGGCAUCAGACCGUGAGAUGCAGUGGGUGAUCCGGAUCUCAGUGGUGGCAGUGGGUCUGUGUGGCACUGCCCUCACGUUCCUCGACAACAGCGUCCUGGUCUUCUGGCUUGUUGGUGUGGACAUGUCUUAUACCAUUAUGUUCCCUCAGCUGGUUUGCACCCUUUUCUUUAAAGUUUCUAAUGGCUACGGUGCCACACUGGGCUUCAUCAUUGGUCUGGUGAUGAGGAUCCUCAGCGGCGAGCCCCUCAUUGAUCUCCUGCCUGUCAUCCGUUUCCCGGGCUGCCGGCUGGAUCCCGAAGGAAAGCUAAGGCAGUACUUCCCCUUUCGCACUGCCAUCGCUAUCAUCUCACUGCUGUCCAUUUUGAUCUUCUCCUGGUUGGCCUCAGUUGUGUUUAACAAAGGUCUGCUGCCCGAGAGCUGGGAUGUGUUCAAGAUUAAGCGCAAGCCAAAAACAGAUCCCAGAACCCAGGAAGAGAGCAGGACCAACAAGGGUAAUGAAGAGACCUCUGAGUCCAAGCAGAUUCUGGAAACCACAAACCUCUGAGGAGACUCAGGAGGAGAUGCAGAGGCAGAGAAGAUGGGAGCAGGCAGUGGACGUGUUUGUUCCUCUGGCAAGUAGGAGAUCCCAAAGGCAGAACAAUAGUGAAGGCUGGAGGUUAAGCAUAGAGUCUGCAGACCACAACAAAUUUAUGGUGGUCACAUAAAGAUCUAAUUAGCCUCACAACAUCUGAGCUGUUUGUCACAUUUUCUGCACAAUCAGUAGGUGAAUGUAUGUGGGCGAACUAGCCAAUACUUUACAAUGAACUUAGAUAAUUAUAUACAUUUAAGUCCAAAUUGUACAAUCUUCUUCUUUUUUCUUCCUGUUUUCCUGCUUUCACGUCGGCUCAGAAGAACAAUAUACUUUAUUUGUUGGACCGUGAUGCGCUUAUUAUCUCUCCAACGGAGAACAUGUUUUUCAC